GUCCAGUUCUGGUCACAUGCCAGUCUGUCAUGGUGGACAAGAUACGUAAAUAAUCUUUUUUAUGAACUCAGAACUGUAGACUGUAGUGUACACAUAACCGCAAUGAAACAGUUUUAUGCAUAUUUUGUGCUAAUGCUUGCGGCAAGGGCUGCAGGUGAUUGUACACUAACAGUUUCGUCACAGACUCAGCAAGAAUUUCUAAAUAAUAUUAAGACUUUGCAAGGAAAAAGACUUUCGGCAGACACACAAAAAUAUAACUUCUCUAUAGGAAUUUGCACAAGUGCAGUAACAGACAAGGCCAUGGAAAAGGCAGGAGCAGUACAGAUGGGAAAAGGAAAUAAAGAAAAUGUAACACUAGGUCGAUUUACUAUGACAGAGGUCAAAGGCGGCCACAACUGGGUAAUGCUGUCAUACAAAGGAGGUGCUCACUACAGACAUCAUUGUAACAAUUCCAGUAGGGAGGCUCACAUCAUGAUCAUCUGUGAUCAACACCAAACUGAACCAGUCUUGACUGUGCUAGAUGAAAACAGGGAUAAGGACACUAACUGCUACUACCUAUUUGAGAUAAGUUCGUCUGAAGUGUGUAACAAUGAACAGGCACCAAGUGACAGUCAAGGACUUAGUGGUGGAUCUAUAUUUGUGAUAAUAUUCUUCACAGUGGUCGGCAUAUAUCUGCUAGUGGGCAUAUCAUACCAGAGAUUCGUGAUGGGCGCCCGUGGCAUGGAACAGAUGCCUAAUCUCAGCUUUUGGCAAUCACUAGGAAACCUGAUUGCGGACGGGUGUGAGUGGGCAUUCCGAUCCCAUCGCAAUGCGGAAUACCGGCAUUAUGAGAGCCCUGGGGGGUCUGUACCUCCUGCUGCUGGCACAGAGGAGGAAGACAAGUUGUACGAUCAGGAUGACCAUCUGUUGCCCAUGUGACCUCAUAUACCAAAGAUCUGAUUCAUCUAUUCAGAAGGGUUCCUUCGAUUUUCAUUUCUUUUUCUACAUCGUAUGCAACCGUAUUUUAGUUUAGCUUGGUAUGCCCAUUCUGUUGCACAACCAAGAAUGUGAGAGCAUAUUCAAAAUGAACCUACUAUCACUGGUUUGUGCUUAUAUUUGGUGGUGCAAGCUUUUAUUUGUGAGCCUAUACAGAUAUAUGCCAGUAUGUUGAUGUUUGUACUACUAUGAGAACAGUUGCCUGUAUUAAGUUUGUGCAUCGUUUUCCUGUAGUGUAAAAAGGAAAUCACAGCACAUUGUUUUGGACACAAAUUCAAAGUUUCAUAUUGAAUUAUGAAGCCAGAUAAAUGUAAUAUUUAUCAAGACUUUUCUUGAACAGUUGUUGAAUGGAUGAUAAGUAAAAAUACAUUGCUGCUUUUAAUGUAUUAAUUUGAAAACACUUGCAACAUGAGAAUUUUGUCAUGUUAUUAUGGUUAAAAAAUCUGCAAAACUCAACAUUUAUGGUCGUGUCAAGAAUUCUAUGGACGAUUGAGUGAUUAUUUAAUAAAUAUUAAUUUAUCGUAAUUUUUUUACCAUUAGUGGAAAAUUCCAGAGUUAGGCAGCCUAGUCAGCCUUAGCACUGUUACUGGACUGUGAUUAAUAUGACAAACGGGAUGGUUUACAUGAAAGUUAUAUAUUAUUGUCUAUGUCUAUUGUUUCCUUUGAUUAAUAUCAUUAUUGCACAAGUUGAACCUGCGAAAACUAAAACCUGACGAGACAUUCCAACUACGUGCUCUAUGCUUAUAAACCAAAGACUUGCUGGACAAGCUGUUCAGAUAUCUAAUUUUGAUUCUCUGGUUGUUUCUCCAUACCAGUGGCCUUCCAUGUGUGAAAUUAGUUUCAUAUAAUGCAGUGUAUGUAUUUACAUGGAAUAAAUAGAAGGAAAUGACAUGUAAUGAUUUUUGAAACAGA